UUUGCCACUUUUUUUUUAAUUAUUCUCUUCGAUCUCGUUGCCACCAUUUCCUCUGUUUCUCACCGGGAAAAAAAAAGUCUUCUCUUCUAAGUCCAUCAGAGAGAGAUUAUGUCUCCGCCGGAUGUUCAAUUAACCGAUUGCCAUCUCAACCAGUCAACGACCGGUACAAAUCUCUGGUCAACCGACGACGAUGCGUCGGUGAUGGAAGCUUUCAUCGGCUCCGAGCACUCUUCCCUUUGGCCUCUACCUCCUACUCUUCCUCCUCCUCCUCCAUCGCAAUCACAGGCCGGCGAAGAUACUCUCCAGCAACGACUCCAAGCUUUAAUCGAAGGAGCAAGAGAAAGCUGGACUUACGCCGUGUUCUGGCAAUUAUCUUACGAUUUCGCCGGAGAAGACGACGGAGGAGGAGGAGGAGGAAGCAUCAACACUCCGUUGCUAGGUUGGAGUGAUGGUUAUUACAAAGGAGAAGAAGAGAAGAAAUCGAGGAAGAAGAAACCGAAUCCAGCUAGUGCAGCUGACCAAGAGCAUCGGAAGAGAGUGAUUCAAGAGCUAAACUCUUUGAUUUCCGGCGGAGGAGGAGGAGGAACAGUUAACGGUGGUGGAAACUCCGACGAAGCAGGAGACGAGGAAGUCACAGAUACCGAAUGGUUCUUCUUGGUUUCGAUGACACAGAGCUUCAUCAAUGGCUCUGGUUUGCCUGGUCAAGCUUUCUCGGAUUCGCAGACGAUUUGGCUCUCUGGGUCAAACGCGUUGGCUGGAUCGAGCUGCGAGAGAGCUCGUCAAGGUCAGAUUUACGGGUUAGAGACGAUGGUUUGUAUACCGGCGGAAAACGGCGUCGUCGAGCUUGGUUCGUCGGAGAUUAUACACCAAAGCUCAGAUCUGAUUGGUAAAGUCAGAAGCUUUUUCAAUUUCAACAAUGGUGGAGGAGGCGAAUCUGGUUCUUGGGCGUUUAAUCUGACUCCAGAUCAAGGAGAGAAUGAUCCGGCUAUGUGGAUUAGCGAACCCAAUGUCGCCGGAAUCGAAUCGGGUCUUGUAGCUCCGGCGAUGAACACCGGUAAUAACUCGACUUCGAACUCAGAUUCUCACCCAAUUUCGAAGCUUUGUAAUGGAAGCUCCGUGGAAAACCCCAAAAUCUCGAGCUCUGGGUUUAACAAUCAUCCGAAAUCCAGCGAGAUCGUGAGUUUCAAGAACGGAAUUGAGAACGGAUUCUCCGGUCAAAGCCGGUUUGUGGAAGAAGACAGCAACAAGAAGAGAUGUUUGGUUUCAGACAACGAAGAAGGGAUGCUUUCUUUCACCUCUGUUCUUCCACGGCCUACGAAAUCCGGCGACUCGAAUCACUCGGAUCUCGACGCUUCGGUUGUUAAAGAAGCAGAAAGCAACAGAACCGUCGUUGAACCGGAGAAAAAACCGAGAAAACGAGGGAGAAAACCGGCGAACGGGAGAGAAGAGCCGUUGAAUCAUGUAGAGGCAGAGAGGCAGAGAAGAGAGAAGCUGAAUCAGAGAUUCUACUCUUUAAGAGCUGUGGUUCCAAAUGUAUCUAAGAUGGACAAAGCUUCUCUCUUAGGAGACGCCAUUUCGUAUAUCAACGAGCUUAAAUCUAAGCUGCAAAAGGUUGAAUCUGAUAAAGAAGAGCUGCAGAAGCAGAUUGAUGUGAUGAGCAAUGAGAAUGGGAAAUGCUCGGGUGGAGAUAGAAAGUAUUUGAAUCAAGAUUCCGGUGUGUCUAUAGAGAUGGAGAUUGAUGUGAAGAUCAUAGGAUGGGAUGCGAUGAUAAGGAUACAAUGUAGUAAGAGGAAUCAUCCUGGUGCUAAGUUCAUGGAAGCACUCAAGGACUUGGAUUUGGAAGUGAAUCACGCGAGUUUAUCAGUUGUGAAUGAUUUCAUGAUCCAACAAGCGACUGUGAAAAUGGGGAAUCAGUUUUUCACUCAGGAUCAGCUCAAGGCUUCUCUAAUGGAGAAGGUCGGAGAAUGCCCAUGAAGACAAAAGUUAGCAUCUUGUAGGGUUUAAUAAACCGGAGACAUACUGCUAAAAUAUAGUAUAAACCGGUAAAAUAUAUUGAGUAUUGUCACAAGUUUUCUCUUGUGAUUGUAGUGUAAACUGUAUUGUGUAACUGUGGUUUGCAGCAACCACUUUGUUGUUAUUGAUGCUUGUUAGAGAGGAGAAGUUUCUUAGUGUAGCUAUAGCUAGUUUGGGUUUAUGGUGUCAUGAGAUUAAUGUUUUGAUGUAUGUAUUCGCGUAUGUACAUAGUAUGAAUGCAUGGAAAUAAGGCUUUUGUUAGAAAUGAAUCAAAAAUGGGAUUUCAAGUU